CCUGAUCACCCCCACCCAGGAAUGAAUUUCACCGCACGAGGAUUCCCACGACAUUGUUACUUACCCGACAACGAAAAAGGCCGAGAGGUGCUGAGGUUACUGCUGGUGGCCUGGGACCGAAGGUUAAUCUUCGCCAUUGGGACAUCCAGCACGACGGGAGAGACAGACACGGUUGUCUGGAACGAGAUCCAUCACAAGACGGAGUUUGGCUCGAAUCUGACUGGACACGGCUACCCAGACUGUAACUACCUGGAGAACGUCUGGGCAGAACUGAGGGCCCAGGGGAUCAGCGACGAUUAGGGCUGUGUUAGGGGAGGGGGCAGAGAGCGACCGAGGGAGGGACAUGCUGCGAGUGAGCUGGUGUCAGAGAAUAGAGGGAAUUGUGAGAGUGUGGGGCACAGAAGGAGAGAGAGAGAGAGUGUGUUGUGGCGGAGAGAGAGAGAGAGACAGAGCACCUUAGGAAGGAGUGGACACGGUGAGGGAGGGACUGACCAACUGAAUCCUGACCCCUCUCUCUCUCUUUCUCUACAUUAACCCCGAACAUCCCACAGCCAGGCAACUCCUGUGUUCAGCCAGCGCAGUCUGGGAGAUCUGGUUUGACUGAAGAGUGUCAUAGCAUGAGAGGGUCCCUCCAGGACUUUGAUUCCUGAGACGUUAAACUGAUAGCACGCAGGUAAACUUUGUAAAACAGAGCUCACGGAUUUUAGUUUCGGAAGAAAGGUGAAGGAUUUCACUUGAUCAAUGAGAUGUAGAUUACAAAUUGUGAAAGCUGAUUUCCUCUGCCCAUCCCCUCUCUCUAACCCAGGGAUCACUGGGCAGGAAUCAGGAGCAGGAACCCUGGCUGAUUUCCCCUCUCUCUAACCC